AGAAAGAAAGAUUCUCAUUCUAGUAUGUGUUUACGGUGUUUGGACGUAGUGGACGUACUCUGUCGUAGUGCAUUAAAGCUGAAGUUAAAGUUCUAGAGAUAUCUUAAAAGGGAGGACUUCCGUAACGAGCGACCACUAUUAAAUCUAGAGAUUAUACUCAAAUAUAUCUCUGCAUUUUGCUGCAACUUCUGACAAAUUCACUUCUUCCAUCACAAAACCAAAAGAAGAAUGGAUGCAGAGGAAGGUCUUUCAUCAAUUGAAGCUUCAGAUUUGUUGAAAUAUCUCACAGAAAUCGAAAUGGUUGCAGAAGAUGUCCUCUCCAGUCGCCGUGAAAUUAUUGAUUUGGAUCGACAACGAAAUAAAACAAGAGAGGCAGUCAGGGCGCUGCAGAAAGACAAGCAUAGAGACAAGACGUGGUUGUGUGCUGGCAACAUGUUUCUCAAGGUGGAGAAGAGCAAAGCCAUCAGCACUUUGACCAAAGAUUAUGACGAGCUGGACGCUGAGAUCAACAAAGUGAGAUCAGGCCUCAGACCAAAAGUGAACAAACUGCGUGACCUUGAGAAAAAAGAGGAUCUAAAAGGGUUUGACCUUGAUCCUCUGACCCCUGACGAAAAACGAUCGGUUGAAAGUUUGUUAUUAUGACGUGUGAGUCUGAUUUGUUGAACGCUGUGUUUGCAUGAGUGUAUAUAUAUUAUGAACAGUGAGAUGUUGGCAUCACAUGAGAGUUGAGAGCUUGUUUUAUUAUUUUAAUAUUAUUUUGUUUUUUUCGAGGUUUUGACUGAGAACUUUUCUGUGAUACAGUGAGAGGUUAUAGCAAGCUAUUUGUCUGCA